CGUAGAGAAGCAAAAAUUUGUUGAAAAAAAGAAAGAGAUUUGCAGAAGGUUCAGUGAUGAAUGCAGCCAAUUUCAUGGCUUCAACAUAAUGCAAGAAAAAUUCUCAGAAGAUUACGUCAGACAAGCAUGCGAAGUACUCAAUACAGUUCGGAGUGCAAACAAGCCAAAGAAGACUCAGCUGGCUGCCUUCCUAUCCCUGCUGAAUGCCUACGUACCAGGCUCAUACCUCCUGGAGUCUCAGUGCAUGGACUUCUUCAAACAUGACGACUACAUCCAUGGUGACUUUUCACUGGAGGACAGAAUGGAGCCCUUCAGCCAUCUCAUUGUCACCUUCCAACAAGAUAAAAGAUCAGAAAAAAAAGUCUGCAUGGCUCACCCUAUGAUCGCACAGUGUUGCACUGAACUGAUGGCCAGGGCAGGCGUAAAAAGAAGUGACACAGCAAGAAACUUCAUCACCUGUUUGUGCAGAGAUGAGCUCCCACCAUUUUUGGUUGGUUUCGUCAAAGACAUGCUAACUAAAAGGACACCAAAACGAAAGGAAAAAGAAGAGAACCCAGUCAAUGGUACGGGGAUGACAGAGGAGCCAGAAAAAUUUUCGAGACUGAUCUUAGAUAUUCAAAAGUUGGAGGGCAAAGUCCAGAGUGCAUCAGUUUUAAAGGUGGCAACAAAAAAAUUCAAUAACAAUCCAUUUUUUCCACAAGCACUAGCUCGUUUCUUUUGCUUAGAGCUAAAAUACUACCAUCUGGCAGAAAUGUGGGCAAAAAGAGCAAAGUCAAGAGAUCCCCUGAACUCUUUCAUUGCUGAUACACUCGGCCAAGUCCAUAAGAACCAUCUGAAGAAUUUGAAGAACAAAAAGCGUUGCACCAAACCCAGAGAGAUUUUACAACUGGCCACAAAAGCCAUCGAAGCUUUCAAAGACGAAGAACGACUUGCUGAAAAUGAACACGGGACAGACAUGAAAGGACAUGGCAAUACCAGAUUCUCACAUUUUUUCAACACCAGAGGGCUGUUUGGUUAUCUGCAGGUUUGCAUCCUUGUGUAUGAUCUACUUGUCAGUCAGAACGAAAUUUGGAGAGGAGUUCUCACAAAGCAGGUGUCCUUUGGCUCCGUCCUGGAAGUACUUGGAGACAACAAACUCUUCAGAUUUCACUAUUUAAUAAAGAAGCUCAGGGAUGAGGCUGAGAGAAAAUGUGCAUUUUUUGAUAAAUAUCUGACUUACUCAAAGCUUGACAUGAAGAAAGAUGAUCCCUUGUACAUUUCAGAAGACACCUCAAAAUGCUACAGGAUUUUUGUUGGACACUACCCAUCAAAACAUUUUCAAGAAAAAGGAGCUUAUCUCAUCCAGAAGCUGAAAGAAAACUUUGCCGACACCUCCGCUCGAGUACUCUCAUGUCUUGACAGAGAAUGCACUGAAACAGACCUCAAAGAAAUAACGACAUGGUGGGAAGAAAUCUUUCUUCAGAAAGAUUCAGUGACAGCUCUGGCCAACUACAUCCUUGCUCAUAUCAUGUUGAAAAAUAUGGGAGCAAUAUUUCCUUUGGAUAACCAGCAUUUAACUGCAUUUAAGGAAAAAAUGCCUCUAAUUCCCGAAGAUUCGCCAGAGCUGCAAAUGUUAACUCUCCUCCUGUGCUGGCCUACAGACAGUGAAGACAAAUGUGUUCUUGACUUCAAUAAAUUAAUUUCACGUUUGCACUGCUCCUAUGAACGCGCAUAUGAGACACACUUUCGAACAAGGUACCUCUGCCCUCUGUUUUUCAUUGGAAAAGGUCAAGAUCUGAACAGAAUUGUUCACAGAAAGGUCCUUGAAGAAAUGUUUCUGGAAGAAAAUGAGGAAACAACACAACAUCGGAACACCACCUGGAGCGAGGAGAAGAUUUUCAAAAGUCAUAAAGUUCAAGCACGCCUUCUCAGAGUUGAAGGGGUGGUGCGAAACUACAGAGUCUUUGCAACUAUUGGUGGCGCAGUGAUUGAGGUGGAUGCAAAUCUCCGAAACAAGCUCUGGAGACCACGCCAAGUUUCCUUUUAUCUUGGCUUUACCAUCAGAGGUGCUGUAGCCUUUGCCAUCCAGACAAAACCUGCAGAAAUGGUCCAAAUCUCAGAGACGGAGAGCUCAGAACUCAACCCUGUCCGGUCGGAUUGAACAGAUACCACUGGUGCUUCAGGUGAGCAUUUCGUAGAUCGCUAUCGGACAGCUCUGAUUAACGGAGUGAGAGAUACUGGAACCAUCCUGGAGAAGCUCAAGGACCAGAGGAUGAUCUCAAAUGAGGACUAUGAGGCUGUGAGAGCUUUAGAAACCACUCAGGACCAGAUGAGCGGCAUUCUACAGUGUUUGACUUCAGCUGGCACAAGAGGCAAAGAUGCUCUCUAUGACAUCCUUAAAAGGAUGAAGAGUAUGAGGCCUCUCAUUGUUGAGCUUGAGGAAUCUGAAUAAAGGAGCAACAUGUAAAAGAUAAGUGCUGCACCUCAUAUGAAAAUAGUGACUUCAUUAAGAAAAGUAUGCUCCUAAAGCUUUAUUAACUUGCAUUGUAUCUAUUUUCGCCUUUUGUUUGGGGAUUUAUGAAACAUGUGAAACUAUAAAACAUAUUAAGACUAGCAAAGACAAAGCAACUUGUGAAGAAACAUGUACUUUCAAUGGAAAAUCUUUUUAUAUAUAUUAACCUGGAAAAUUGUUCGUUUCAUUACUUUCUACCAUGUAAGUGUAAAAAAAUAUGAAUGUUUCACAUUAUGAAAAAUGGGUCAUGCAACCCCAAUGAAAUCAUGAAACACAUACUAAGGUGCAUUUUUAAUAGUUGUUUGUAAGAGUAGAUUUAUAAUUUAAAAAAACAAAAACAGGAAGAGCACAUGACUUUUUAUGUUUGGUUGUAAUGUGCUGGACUAAAGACUUGUGUUAGAUGUUAGAUUCGUAUGAUUAAUGAAGAGAUUGGUGGUUUGUUUGGUUUACUUUUUUUUUUAAACCAAAAACAACAAGGAUAAUUUAGUUAAAUGGUAAAAAAAAAAAAAAAAAAGAUUAUAUUUACUUUAUUACUUGUGUUGGUUUUUUUACUUCAAUUUUGCUUUUGUUGUAUUAACUCUCAAAUGUACGUCGCUUUGGAUAAAAGCUUCUGAGAAAUGACUAGAAUUGUAGAACAUGAGUAUCUCAACACUUUUUAUUCUUUUAUUCUUGCUUUUUAUUUCUAUGUUACUGUCCCACAUUUUAUCUUGUAUACUAUAUUCUAUCUAUAUAUUGUCAAGAUGAAAUAUUAAGAAUGAGGGUUUCCUCAUGUUGUGACAUUUUCUUAAUGUGUAUAGUCAUGGAGGGGUUAUUUCUACAAUAUUAACUCCAAUUUAAGACAAAUGUGUGUUUGUAUAUUGGUUGAGUGAGUAUGAGCUCACCUCCAUUAACACUGUUAGCUAACACCUAGUCGGCACAGCAAUUUUACCCACCAUUGGCAAGGUUAGCAUUGCUGAUAAUGCCCUCCCAAGUUACAGUAUGUUGUAUGUUGCCAACGGGCAAGGCAGGCAACUUCUUGGGGUCCUAGGCCAGUUGGGGGCCCCCGAGGGCCGAUAAACUUUUAAACUGAAGCAGUGGCAAUGCUUAGUGCAAAGUUUGCAGUGACUGUAGAAGAUCCCACCUGACUCCACUCACUCACGAUGCAGUUGGCAAAAGUGAUUCUAUGUAAACGACUGACGCGAAAUUGCCUCAAACUGCUUCCAUCACAUACAUGUGAUGAUGGAACAGCAAUGAUUGUACAGAAAAAUGUUUUGUUAUUCGAUUUUAAAGCCCUGUUUCUGCAAUAGCUGCAUCAAUAAAA